AUGCCAUGUUCUCAAAACAUGUUUUCUCUGAUCUUCUGCCUAUUGCAAACCAUUCGAGGCUUUGUGGUGAAGAAGCAACGACCGAAGGAGGUAAUCGAUGUAGCAGCACAGCGUUAUCGAUGGAUCUCCGACGACGACGCACUCGCCGGAAGUCAUUCUGAUCCUCACGGAAGAUUGUCGUCGUGGAUUCGGGCGAACGCUCGUCCAUAUCUCCCGAUCCGUCAUCCGCGAACAACGCUCGACGUGCACGUCAGCGCUGGUCUAUACCAAAUAGUUGACUUGGUAAGGUAUCCUCUAUCUUCUGUGAGCAGCUAA